UUUUUGUCCGAAUUUCUCCAAAAGUGCAAAACUAAACAUUUUAAAACCCAAAUGUUAACGAAGUUCUUGUUUCUCCACUCCAUAAACCCCUGGGGAUUUUCCUUUUGAAGCUCUAUUCUCCCAAGAGAGGCAACUGAAGCCUAUCUCACCAGUAUAGCUUAAUCCGAGGAAUUUGGAGAAACCUAAAUAUGUUGCCAAGAUGGAGCAGAGCUAUUACGCAUCUCUCCAAAUUAGGUUUACAAAAAUACAGUAUGGAACCCCAAAAGAAUGCUUACUUUGCUUACCGAAACUACGCAAAGGUUGCCGCACCAACUAAAUUGGAUUCUCGUGUUAAGGAGUUUACAAGAACAUCAGAGGUUAACAGCCUGAAUAAAAUGUUCUGGUCUAAACCUUAUUCCUUGGCAUUGCCCUCUGAUUCACCCCUAAGAGUUGAAGAGCCACAUUUUGAUGGGAUCAAGCUUAUUCUUCUCAAGCUAGCGCUGUUUUAUACCAAACAGAGCAAAUCUAUUCGAUGGGCUAAUGCGAUAUAUAUGCGCGUCGUUUCACAAGUUGAUAAGCCUGCUAUUUAUGACGUGUUUAACUUGGAGAAAACAUUUAAGACAACAUUUACUUUGCUUGUACUGCACAUGUGGCUCUGCUUACGGCGUUUGAAAGAAGAAGGAAAGGAAGGUGUUGAAAUGGGUCAAUAUGUUUAUGAGAUCCACACUCAUGAUGUAGAGCUGAGAGUUUCUAAGGCUGGGGUGAACUUACUGCUGAUUAAAUGGGUGAAGGAAUUGGAGAAGAUAUUCUACGGGAAUAUUGUUGCUUAUGAUGCUGCCAUGCUUCCCGAUGCUAAACAGGAUGAGCUUAUGAAAGUGCUUUGGAGGAAUGUAUUCUCUGAUGAUGGCUCCGAGAUGCCAAUUGAUGCUGCAAAAGAUACAGUUCAGGCAAUGUCAAGGUAUGUUCGUCGGGAGUAUCAGUGCUUGUCGUUAACAGAUAAGGAAUCUUUGUUUUCUGGCAACUUCAAGUUCACUUCAUUAGAGAGCCCAAAAGUGCCUGAUCAUCCAGUGAAGUGAAGGACAAAGCAUAAGGGUUGAGCUUUUAUUGUUUGGAACCACCAGAGCUUCAUAGUCAUGGGAGUUUUGUCGGGAUGGCACUUUUCAUAAAACAUUACAACUGCUUGAAGAGAUUUCUGGCUGAAGUAUAAUUUAGCAAAUAAAUAACAGCAGCAGGAAACUAAUAUGCUUCGGCUUCCCUUUCAUAUCUGUUAAAAUUAAAGUGGUAUUCUUUCAUUAUCUUAUAAGGUUAUCAAAUUGAAGCUUCUGUGUAAGAUGUUUGCGAAGGAAAGUUAAAUGGAUUCUCUUUGAUAUUGUACAUGGACAUCUUUAAUGUAUUUCAGUAUUUUAUGGUUAACGAACUA